AAUCUGAUGUGAACACAUAUUUCAUUUCAGAGCUCCGAACAAAUUUAAACGUAUGAUGGAGGAAAAAGGUGCUGGUCUUCAAGAAUACCCACAGGUCAACCCGGGGGUCCCCGACGCCGUCUCCCCUCACCAAGUGCAGUACAGCAUGGGAGAGGCAGGAGCGGCGGCCCAGCCGCCAGUAUACGGUUAUGACCAGCCUCGCCCAGGCCAAGGUCAUAUGCCACCUCAAGGUCAAAUGCCUCAAGGUCAAAUGCCACCUCAAGGUCAAGCCUAUUAUGGAUACAAUCAACCACAGCAACCCGUUGUUCAGCAGCCGCAGUUUACUCAACCGAAUACUACAGUGAUUAUUCAGCAACAAGCCCCGCAGCCACAGGUCGUCUUCAAGCGCCCUUGGUCAACUGACCUUUGCUCUUGCUGCGAAGACAUGGGAGUGUGUAAGUUGGUUACCCUCUUUAACGCAAUUGCACCACAACAAAUCUUCUCCAACACAAUUUGACCAACCCGUCUCCUCUAGCACAAUUACCCCCGAAACUUCUUUGUUAAGUUACUCCCACAUCUACAUUUGCAUAAAUUUAGACCCUACUAACUUAGUUAUUAAGAAAUAACCGCUUUUUUUAUUAUUUUCAUGCUCAAACUUGCUAAAACGAGGUGAAGCCCGACAAAUGUGAGGUCGGACGUUCUUUUCAUUGUACUAAACAGUGCAACUUUAUAAUUUUCUCGCACUUGUCAUGUUCACUAGUCUUAUAGUAUCGAGACCCAUCGUUCCAUAGUAUCAUUCAUACAUGUAUACAUUUCUUUAUGACAUGUUAAAAAAGACUGAUCUACGUAUUUGGUCCACACUGUCUACAAUCCUCCUGGUCACAAGUCUGUGGAACAUUGAGUUU